AUGUCUCGUGAAGGUUUCCAAAUUCCAACUAAUUUAGAUAUCGCUGCUUCUGGUACCUCUCAGUCUAGAACAGCUACAUUAAAAUAUAUAUGCGCUGAAUGUUCUGCCAAAUUAUCUCUAUCCAGAACUGAUCCAGUUCGUUGUAAAGAAUGUGGUCAUAGAAUCCUAUUAAAAACUAGAACUAAGAGAAUGGUACAAUUUGAAGCUAGAUAA